GACAUUUCUGCGGCUCCUCCCUGCGCCUUUUCACAGCCGUAUAACAGGAUCUCUUACUGGCGCGAAAAACGCACUGUGUGGCUCAGUGGUUAGAGGGCGGGAGGGGUUUGCCGCGUGUCCGAGCCCCCCAGCUGUUUCCGUCUUUAUUUUUAUUGUUUAAGUUGUGGGUUUUGAACCAUACCGGGGGCUUCAUUGCGUGGAUGAACCGCUGCCUAACAUUUCAUCCGCUGGAGCACAGGGUUGUCCGCGUGCGUUAAAUGCCCUGCGUCUGUUCGGACUCUGCAGAGAUCCGGACCUCCAUUUCUGGGAUUAACGUGGAUUAUAUCAGCCUCAGCAUGGAGUUUGACUGUUUCCAGCCUUAUUUUUUCGACCGUUUCGACGCCGAGGAGGAUUUUUACAAGUCUACUGCGCCCAGUGAGGACAUAUGGAAAAAGUUUGAGCUGCUGCCCACCCCUCCCAUGUCCCCGCACCGGACCCUGAGCGGGGCGGCUCUCUACCUCUCCCCUGGGGACCAGCUCAGCUGGCUGACCAAGAUGCUGGGUCAGGACGAGGACUAUGAGGGACACUUCCUCCCGGACACCGAGGAGCUUUUGGACAACGUGAGCGCCCACAUCAUCCAGGACUGCAUGUGGAGUAGUUCUGGCAGCAAGGAGAAGGUCAGCGGGAGGGUGUGUGGCACCCCGGCGCCGGUCAGACCGAGCAAAACACAGUGCGCCUCGCCGGGUGGUCUCCCCUCCGCGCCCUCGGACUGCGUGGACCCCGCGGCGGUCCUCACCUUCCCCGCCAGCAGCUGCAGAAAGCCGGCGUCGUCUGGCUCCGAGUCCCGCUCUGAUUCUUCUGAUGACGAAGAGGAAAUCGACGUCGUCACCGUGGAGAGCAAGAAGAAGCGAGUGCGGAUGGUCAACGUCAGAAAGCCGGUCACCGUCACGGUGCGUGCCGACCCCUGCCCCAAACGCUUCCACAUGUCUGUCCACCGGCAGCAGCACAACUACGCGGCACGCUCUCCGGACAGCGACCCCGAACCGGAGGAUGAUGAUGACGACGACGACGAUGAGGAGGAGGAACCGCAGAACAAACGCGCCUGCUCGGCGUCCCCCUCGGACACCACCCCACAAAGCUCGGACGUAGAGGACACUGACCGCAGGAAGAACCACAACUUCCUGGAGAGGAAGAGGAGGAACGAUCUCCGGUCUCGCUUCCUCGCCUUGCGGGAUCAGGUCCCCGGCCUGGAGGCGGCCAAGGCUCCGAAGGUGGCCAUCCUGACCCACGCCACAGAUUACCUCAUGGAGCUGCACACCAAGGAGAAGAGGCACCUCCAGGAGAAGAAGCGCCUCAGAUCCCGACAGCAGCAGCUCCUCCGCAGAAUAUCAGAACUCAAACGCUCAUGAGCCGCCGCCUGAAAGCCUCGUCCUGUCACGAACUCAUAACCCGUCACUUUGAAAAGCUAUCCUGUUGAUAUAGCGCGAUAUGCCUCAUGUACAUAGCUGUGAAUUGUUGUUCUGAAUAUCUGAUGGACGCUUAUUCCACUGUCGGAGCAGGAGGACUUUCAGUUAGAUCUCUUUUAUUCUUUGCACAGUUUUAAAUUUUAGUUGUAAACAAGGGGUCACAGGCUUUUGUUUUUUUUAAUAGCUGGUAUGCUGUGACGUAAAAGUCUUUAUUUUUUUACCUGUUUGGAUGAGUGAACAUCUUUGUUUUCAUUACGUGCGAAUGCCUUUCUACCUGCACGAGCUAUUGAGUGCAUCUGCUCCGAUUGACCUGUUGUACAUAUCGUUUUGUAAAUAAUAGCAUAUUCCUCCGGUUCAGACGGAUAGAUCCAGUGGUUUGUGAAAAAUUUGCUCCUCCGUGCCACAAAACCUCUAUUUUGGUAAGAAACAAGGAAGAAAAAAAAAAAGUUGCACUGCUGUACUUUAUAUUUCACGUGUCACUUUGUGAUUUCAAUGCUUCUCUGGAUUUUGUUUUUAAGCAUGCUAACCUCAACAGCAUAAUUAAAAUUUUUAUACCUUAU